AUGGCAGCAACUGUUUCAAAUAUUGUGUUUCCUGGACAAUUCAACCCAAAGACUGAUAAGUGGUGUGAUUAUAAGGAACAGUUAAUGUGCGCGCUCGACGCGGCGGGCGUCGGUGAAGAUAACCUCAAUAGGGGCCGAUCACUGUUCCUUUCUCAAUGUGGAAAAGACACUUUUGCAUUAAUUGCAUCGCUUUUAGUUCCAAAAAGGCCUACAGAAGUACCUUUAGUGGAAAUUUUGAGGGUUCUAGAUAGGUUUUUCGAACCAGAAGUUAACGAAAUUCUACAGGCGGGAAAAUUUCACAAACGACAACAGUUACAGGGAGAAAGUGUACAGGACUAUGUGGCGGCCAUCAGCCAGCUCGGAGCUAAGUGCAAUUUUAUAGAUUUGGAACGCCAGUUGAGAGACCGACUAGUGCUGGGGGUGCGGGAUGAUCGCUUACGACGCGACUUAUUGAAAAAGAAGAAAAUAACUUAUGAAGUUGCACUACAAACAUGUCUGGACUAUCAAGUGACAUUCCCUGAUUUGUACCCUGCCAGUACGUCUAGCGAAUCAAAGCAAACUCCGUUAAACGUCACCGAUUGUGAACCUAUGGACAUUGGCAUUGUAAAAUCUAAUGAAUGUCGACGGUGUACACGCGGUCAUAAGCCAGGCGAACGUUGUUCAUUUUGGAAAGCAAAAUGUUUCUAUUGUAAGAAGUUUGGACACAUCGCGGCGGCAUGUGAUAAAAAACCGGGCCGCAUGCACCAGGUUAACGAGACGGGGGAAUGUAGCAGAAGUGGUGAUACGGCAGUAGAAGAAAUGAUGGGGAUCUAUGUUUGUACUGAUAAUUAUACACCACCAAUAACGGCAGAGGUCAUAAUAGACGGUGUAAAAUUAUUAAUGGAAGUAGACUCGGGGGCAUCACGGACCAUUAUGUCGGAGGAGACAUAUAAGAAGCUCUGGUCGACACCUCCACCGUUAAGAGCCACUACUUUGAAGUUGGUGACGUGGACUAGAGAUCCAAUAAAAGUGUUGGGAGUAGCAAAUGUGCGGGUUAUAUUAGCGAACAAGGAAGCACAGUGUGAACUUGUAGUAGUGUCAGGAAAUGGUCCAAAUCUGUUAGGCAGGAAUUGGUUCCAAACACUAGGACUUCAAGUGUCUGGUUUGUGCUGGUCGGAAGAGGAGAUAAUACUUUAUAAAAGGGAAUUUCCUGAAUUAUUUAAAGAAGGAUUGGGGGAGUACAAGGGCCCUAAAGUAUCGUUACACUUACGGAAAGACGCCACGCCGCGUUUCUUAAAGGCUCGCGCGGUACCAUACCCACUCAAACAGAAAGUGAUUGAAGAACUGAAUAAGAUGGUAAUAGAGGGCGUGCUAACACCUAUUCGAUAUUCGCAGUGGGCAACACCAUUGACACCAGUGAUGAAAGAUGACGGGACAAUACGGAUGUGUGGCGAUUAUCGUGUGACAGUAAACACCGCGAUAGAUACAGACACGUACCCCCUUCCAACGGCAAAUGAAGCGUUUGUAAGGUUGAGUGGGGGUAGAAUAUUCAGUAAAUUAGAUUUAAAGCAAGCGUAUACACAGUUAAAAGUUGAUGAUGCGACUGCAAUGCUGUUAACACUCAACACUCCAAUUGGUUUAAUGAGAAUGAACCGUUUACCGUUCGGUGUCAAUGCGGCGCCAGCUGUUUUUCAACGCCUGAUGUCAACGGCGCUUGCAGGUAUGGAGGGCGUCGCCUGUUUAUUGGACGAUGUGGCGGUAACGGGAUCCACCAUUGAAGAACACAAUCACAGACUUAGAGAAGUGCUAGGCCACAUGAUUGAUGCGGAAGGCCUCCACCCGGCACCUACGAAGGUAAAGGAAAUUCAAGAAAAACCGGCUCCAACUAACAAAGAGACGUUGCGAGCCUUUUUGGGCUUAUACAAUUUCUAUGAGAAAUUUUUACCUGAUAAGAGCACUAUAUUAGAGCCAUUAUAUAGACUAUUAGAAUCAAAGAGACCCUGGAGCUGGGGAGAGAAAGAACAGAAAGCUUUCAAUGAGGCAAAACGUUUAUUGUCAUCGGAUCUUACAUUGGUGGGAUAUGAUUUACAAAAAGAAUUGCUUCUCAUCUGUGAUUCUUCAGAAUACGGAGUAGGAGCGAUUAUUGCCCAUGUGAUGAAAGACGGAUCUGAAAGACCUGUAAUGAUGGCCUCGCGCACAUUGCAAGCUCAUGAGAGACGAUACGGGCAAAUUGAUAAGGAGGCACUAGCAAUUAUAUUUGGAUUGACCAAAUUUCACGAAUUUUUAGCAGGUCGUAAAUUUUGUAUAGUUACAGAUCACAAGCCACUGGUAGGGUUAUUCAAUCCUGCAAAGCCUAUACCUGAACAGAUUUCGCCUAGAAUGUUACGCUGGUCACUUAAACUCGCUUGCUAUGACUAUAAGCUAAAAUACAGACCUGGGAAACUAAUUGGCAACGCGGAUGCUUUAAGCAGAUGGACCGCUACGGAUACAUCCAGUGUAAAGAAGGAAGUGUCUGGUGAUCUGCUUCUGUUAGAAGAGCAGUUGAGCGGGUGGCAGCUAAAUGCUGGCAAAAUUGCUGAAGAAACUAAAAAGGAUAUGGUGCUGCAAAAAGUAAUGUUCCAUGUUUUACACGGCUGGCCCCGUAAGAAUACAGAUUCAAGUUUACAAGCUUAUUGGACAAGAAGAGAAGCUCUUUCGCAUAAUAAUGACUGUUUAUUGUGGUGUAACAGAGUAAUAAUACCGGCAUCCUUGCGGGAAAAGGUUUUGAAGUUGUUACAUGCUCCACACGCGGGCAUGGUCCAGACGAAAGCGUAUGCAAGAGGCUAUGUAUGGUGGGUAGACAUGGAUCGUCAAAUUGAGAAUAUUGUAGCCGCCUGCCAACAGUGCCAAUUAGUAAGAAAUAAACCACCAAAGGAUCCUCAAUCUUGGAUUGUUUUAGAGAAACCCUGGAGUCGUGUACAUGUGGACUUUGCUGGCCCCUUCCAGGGGAAAACAUUUUUAGUUCUAGUAGAUAGCUAUAGCAAAUGGUUUGAAGCCGAAAUAGUACCAACGAUGAAUAGCGGGACAGUGAUAACGGUGCUAAGGAAAAUUUUUACUUCACAAGGACUGCCUGACGUACUAGUUUCAGAUAAUGGACGCGCAUUUACCUCGGAAGAAUUCAAUAAUUUCUUAAAAAAGAAUGGAAUUAAACAUUUGUAUUCCCCACCUUACCACCCAGAAACGAAGGGGCAGAUAGAACGUGCAAUUCAAACAUUUAAAAAUAAAAUGAAGAAACUUGAAAGCCAGAAUAUACAAUGGCAACAAAAAUUGUGUAAAGUUUUAUAUUAUUUAAGGACAGUUCCUAAUAGUUCCACUAACAAAACACCAGCGGAACUACUCAAUGGGCGGAGAUAUAGAACGGCAGUGUCAGUCUUACACCCUGAUUCGAUGCCUAGCCGUACUGACCAGCAACGUGAAGUGGCGGCACAGCACCGGCCCACCCGUACCUUUGCAGUGAAUCAACCAGUACUGAUACACAUGUACGGGCCAGGAGAAAAGUGGCGCAGAGCCACUGUGGAAACAAUAGAGGGGCCAACGACUUACAGGGUGAAAACGGAAGAUGGAGAGUUACAUCGCCGCCAUACUGACCAAAUCUUGGCCAGACCAUCUGACAUGACAUGUCGCCCAUCUGACUUAGACAGUCAACUCAUGAAGGAUUCAGAUUCAGAAUUGACACCGGAUUCCCCCAUAUUGAUUCCACCGCCUGAUUUAUGGCCAGAUAUUAUAGGAAUACCUAAUUAG